AUGACCGACAACCUGACCCUGUACUGUCUUGUUGAUGGCGAACCUAUGAAGGAUGCCUUCAAGAUCAGGGACAUCCCACCGUCGCAUGACGUCGACGACCUCAAAGACGCAAUCGUACGCAAGAAACCCAACGAUUUCCGCGAUGGUGAUGCAAACAAGCUCACCCUCUGCCGUGUCUCCAUUCAUGACGACGGAACCAUCCACGACAAGACAGAGCUGAACAACCCUAGAGCAGUCCUUUCCACGCUGUUUGCCGCGAGUCCCGACGACAACACCUACAUCAUCGUCCAACGGCCCGCUCCAGUCCCUGCACCUAUCCCUACCCGUAUUUCCACUUGCCUCUCUGGCCACCUCUCAGAUGAAUGUCUUCAUGGCACGCCGAUGUCUGCAACUCCUAUCCCAAAGAGAUAUAUUCCCUAUGACAGCCUUGAGAAAGAACUGGCACUAAUCAUCAAGGACGCAAGUCAACUUCACGUCUGGCAUACUGUCGAUGCAACAAAUGUCGAGACAGCUCAAAAGGAACGGCUAGGGCCGUUCUAUAAAAAUGCCCUGCCAUACGGAACCACGGCGAGUACCAUGAAGGAAGCGAUGCUAGGAAUGGUGCUGGACAAGGAAUCGACGUCAAGUGAUAACAAGACGCUGCGUGAGAUUGUCGAGAGCGACAUCGGCAAGACGACUAAUCUCAGCGUACUUCUCCUCACCAACGAUGCUCAACUCACGCCAGAGCAGUUCUUCCGUGAGCAGAUCAUUGGAGGAGCCGUGACGAUUGGAACAUUGGUCAAUAUGCUUCGCGGGUUUCUCACGCCUCUCCGCGCAACACUGGGAAACGUGCGUGCAACAUUGGUGGUACUUGGAACGUCGCUGUCGUUGCAGGGUGAGGACAACGUGUACCCGGCAGUCGGCAUGCGUACAAGAUUUCAUAGCAUCAUGCGGUUCCCUUUGUUUGACGACCAAGACGUGGAGCACGUAUUAUCGAAACUUAUUGAUACUUCUGGCUGCACCAUCCCACAUGACAAGCUCCGGAAGCUCACAGGGAGGGCCCAAUUUUCGGUCAGCGUUAUCCGCGAGCUUUUCAAACUCAAUCACACCAACCCCCACACCAAACAAGCCAGGCUAGAGAAAGCGUUCGAUUCAGCGAUUAAUCUAGUGAGUAUUCAACUGCGUGGUAGAGUGCGAGAGCUUCUGGGCGGCGACACGACCGGCGAGGUCGUGCAUCUACUCGGCCGUAUGGUGUUGGCAUUCAAGCUCCAAGGCGGCAAGGUAUGGUUUGCAAGAAAAGCUCAAGUCAAGUUCAUGGAUAACGCCUUGUGUGCUCUGCGAGUGCAUAGCGGCAGUGUUCAUUGGCUCAUGGACGAGUCACUCGUGGUCGAGGUGGUGGAGGAAGAGCUGGAACAUUCGAAUGUGGAUCUCGGAUUUUCGGCACAACUCCGUCAGCUUAACGGAAUUAUUGAGCAUUUCGGCGUCAAGUCAUCGGCCAAAGGAAAUGCACUGGAGCCACUCGUUCGACAAUCACUGCGACGCUUUAACAACUGGCAUCUUGCAGAUCUCCCUUUCCUUCAAGGUAUCGAAUUGCCUGCAUGGUGCAGCGGACAGAAGCUUCAGAUCGACGAAAUCAACACGGCGCAUGGAUUUGGGUACGGAGCCGACAAUACUGAGGCUGAUCUCAAUUUCCUCAUCAACCGUCCCUCGAACAAGCUGCUGGUUCAGCAAUCUGGUACGCGCCAGGAUGCAGCAUGGUUCUUCUCCGACAACCGUUAUGCUGGCUCCCUCGCUAUCAAGAUCUAUGGCAAUGAUAUACCGCAAACCGACCAUCAGAAGAACGAAACUUCCAGCGACAUUCGAUGCAGCUUCUUGCGAGCAGAUGGAGUCAGAAUGAACCCAUCGUUGGAAAGGAUCCGUGACGCUUUUGUCGCUUCCGUUGUGCCCAACAAAAUCAAAGGCAUCCUCCGCAUUCAUCUCGAACUUCCUAGGGUUCAGGGCGUACAGCUGGCUACCCAUGUCAAGAGGGACCCCGCUACCGGCACUGAGGAUGUGAUGGUUCACAUCGACUUGUCAAACAUCGACGACUUUUUUUACGAAGGUAUCGAGGAGAAGAAGGAAGACAUUCUUUACUUGAAGAAACUGAUCAAAUACGUGCUAGCAAAGUAA